CAGUGCAUUUCCCGACCAAUCAGAGUGCGUUUUCUUACGAUUAAUGGUGGCUGCGCUUUAGGCCACCUGGAAUUAGUUUCAAACAGCUGUAUGUGGAUAAACCGCUGAUUUUUUGCAUUUAACGAAAACGUGUAUUUGGUUAGCGUAUAUAAAAUAUGCCUUAUUAUCAGACAUGGGAAGAGUUUGCCCGAGCGGCUGAAAAACUCUAUCUGACGGAUCCGAUGAAGGUCAGAGUGGUAUUGAAAUAUCGACACUGUGAUGGAAAUAUCUGUAUGAAAGUGACAGAUGAUGCAGUGUGUUUACAGUACAAAACCGAUCAGGCCCAAGACGUGAAGAAGAUUGAGAAACUGCAUGGGAAGUUGAUGAGAUUAAUGGUCUCCAAAGAGUCUCACAGUGGAGCCAUGGAAACAGACUGAAUGAAUCCGAGGACAUUUCAGUGUUGAACAGUUGUUUUUAAAACAAUCUGAGGGCUGACUAUUUAAGGAGACCCAGAUCUACAGGUGGAAGAAGAAGUUUGGUUUAAGUUUAUCGACUAAUAUUAGAGAUGACACGCUUUUGGAAUAAGCAAGUUGCAGGAACUUCCCACAAAAGCUGCUGUGUUUGUAUCCAUGUAGAGGCUGGAACAAAAUGUAAUGGAUUUGCAGUUUUAGUGUUAAUUUACUUUGUAUACCUUUUAUUUCAUGUUUGGAGAAAAGAAAUUUAACUUGCAUCGAUAUCAAGGGAAUAUGCUUAGAAACAUCAAAACCAUGUUGUGAUAAAUCCAGUCUUAUAGUUGAUGUACAAUAAUACUAAAUAAAUGUUUUUUUUCUCCCUUUCA